AUGAUAAGAUCUUUCGCUUUCCCAUCUUAUCCUCGUGGGUUUUUAGGAUUACGGACCCUUCAUACAUCUCGUAUCCUUUACAAUGAUAUGGAGACUGUGCACAUUAGGGAUACGAACCAUUUCAGGCAGCGUUUAAUGGAUGAAGGUAAGUUCUCUGAGGAGCAAUCUAAUGUGAUAGUGAAUAUAAUGAUUGAUGCGUUACGAGGUGGGGUGGCACAUGUGUCACAAGAUCUUGCUUCAAGAGAAAAGCUUACCAAACUUACCUACCAACAAAGGGUUGACUUUUCAAAACUUAGGGAACAAUUGCUUACAGCGGACCGUAGUGAAAUCCAUAAUUUACAGAAUGAACACGAAAGGAUACGUAAAGAUCUGGAAACGAUGAGAAAUAAGCUCAGAGAAGAAAUCACGAAGGCCAAUGCCGGUUUUAAAUUGGAUUUGUCCUUGGAGAAAGGUCGUAUAAGGGAGGAAAGUAGUCACCAUGAUAUGCAGAUUAAAGAAAUCGAUACCAGAAUUGAUCAAGAAGUGACGAACAUGAAGAUGCAAAUUGAUUCUGUGAAGACGCAAGUCAUGCAAUGGCUAAUAGGUGUAUGCACUGGUACAUUUGCACUUGUCUUGGCGUAUGUCAGGCUUCUAACUUGA